UUAACUGGAACAAGAUGAAAUGAGAUAGAUAGAUAUUUAGAAGGUGAAGAGAAAGAGAAGGAGAAACAAAAAAAUCCAGAGGUGUAGCUAGAAAGAACGAACCUCGUGUGUCGAGAUAUGUUAUUGCGAUAGUGGUAGGCGGAGUGACAGUGAUACACAGCGUGUAAUGCAGUCACAAAAUGUCAAUUGUUCAUAGACAGCAGGGGCGAUUGGUUGGACACGUAAGAGGUCGCAAACGUGAUUUCACAAAGCUGUAUAGCAGGUAAAGUCUUCUACCUGUGUCUUCCGUUCUUGGAACAUGGACCCUUAUACCUGUUCCAGACUUAUUCGGGAUCACGUCUGAGAUUUAUUUUCGACGAUCGCCCGGAUUCCUCAUAAUUAUCUUCGUCACUUGAAUCUAUUCUUUAUCUUUGAGACAUCUUUGUUAAAAAUUCCGAAAACGUUAUGUACUCCAUCAAUAGAAGACCUUUAUUGGGAGGUGCAUCUGAUAGCGAAUUCGAAGAUGAUUUGGAAACUGAAGUGGAUGAUCCUAAUAUUACAAUACCUGACGAGAAACCAUUUUUAAAAGCAUAUGAGCCAAAUGAUAAGUAUAUACAAUUUGCAUAUAUUGUGUUUUAUUUACUUGGAAUAAAUACAUUAAUUCCAUGGAGUUUUUUUAUUACUGCUGACGAUUAUUGGAUGUAUAAAUUCAGAGAAAUUCAUAAUGUGACAAAUUUUACUCAUACAUAUGCAGAAUUACUUGAGGAAAAGACAGAUCUUCAAGCUAGUUUUACUUCUUAUUUAAGUGUAGCCAGUGCAUUGCCAAGUACUCUUUUUUUAAUAAUAAAUGCAUUUAUUAGCAAGAGAAUCUCUUUAACUAUAAGAAUGGUGGGCUCUCAAUGUACAAUAUUGUUGCUAUUUAUAAUGACGACCACAUUUGUUGAAAUGGAUACUGAUAAAUGGCAAAAUCCAUUUCUAAUUAUUACUUUGACAACAGUUGCAUUUGUAAAUGCUGCAAGCGCAAUUUUUGGAGGAAGUUUAAUGGGUAUAGUGGGGAAGUUUUCGCCAAAAUACAUAACUGCUAUGUCUGGUGGACAAGCUCUUGGCGGGAUAUUUACAGCCCUAGCGGAAAUAUGCUCUUUGUGGAUAGGCGCUAGUCCAGUACUUUCCGGCUUAGUAUAUUUCAUUAUCGGCGAUAUCGUGCUCCUGUUAUCGUUGAUUGCUUACGUCAUUUUAGAGAGAUCGCCAUUUUUCAAGCAUCAUAUGAUAGAAAAAGUACCUGAUCAUUUGAAAUCUGAUUACUCAAUAAAUGGGGAAGUCAGCUUCUCAGCAAAUCCGAGUGUGUCUUACACGCGGAUUAUUAUAAAGAGGAUCUGGCAUGGCGUUAGCAUAUUUCUUGUAUUUUUCAUAUCGUUGACUGUAUAUCCUGCGGUCACUGUGUUAGUGGCGAGUCAGUACAAGGGACAGGGCCAUGCGUGGAACGAUAUAUAUUUUGUACCUGUGGUGACGUAUCUUAUCUUCAGUACAGGCGAUUAUACUGGCAGGGUGUUAUCCGAUUUUCAAUGGGUGAGAAUCUGCGUUUUAAUUUGUAAAAUUUGCUUUGUUUUUAUUUCUACCAAUGGUUUAUCAUUGCAGCCGAAAAGUAAUCGGCUCGUGAUGUUUAUGAGCGUCGCAAGAAGUUUUAUACCUGCCCUUAUGUUUUGUAAUGCGCAACCGAGACUCAUCUGCCUGUUUAUUCACAGUGAUAUAUAUUAUAUCUUGAUAACUGUCAUGUUCGCUGUAACCAAUGGUUAUCUUUGUAAUUUAACGUUUAUUCUCGUGCCUACAAUUGUGGACAGCCAAGAAAAAGAAAUUGCAUCUGCAAUGAUGGGAGCUUUUCUGGGUAUAGGAUUAGCAUCUGGUGCAGCGCUUAGUUUGUACAUGGUAAAGGCUCUUUAAUGUUUAAUUCUGUAACUAAAGAAGAAUGUAAAUAAAAUAUUCGAUUUCACUGCCCAUUUUGUACAUUCCAAAUCAGGUAGGACCAUAAGAGUGUUUUAAUCUCGAGCUUGUAAAUGAUAUUAAUGUAAUGUAAAAUAUAUCUAUUCAAUUGUAUUCUCGAUUGUCAUUAUCUCAGAUCAUUGAUGAUUUAUAGAAUUAUUUCAUUUUUUCUGUGAAUAAAAAUUCUUACGUUUUGACAAAA